AUGACUAUUGGUCCAUCCAGACACCAACUCGUGAAAUUUGACCUACUUGGGCGAAUACUAUUUUUCUUAGCUCGGACGUCACAGAGAUUCGAGCACUUCGAGGGUGAAAAAGUAAACGCACUCAAACACGGCGCAGGCAGCGCGCGGCGCGGCGGCUGGCGGCGCAGCACGGCGGUGGCUACCGCGCCAGCAGCAGACGAUAACAGUCUUCCAUCGGUUUCAGUUAGAAAUCAGUGGUUCGAGGACAGAGUUCAAGCGCUGCACGCACCAAGGGCUCCAACAUGCGCACCAAAAUCGUCGAAUGCGUCCCAAACUUCUCGGAGGGUCAAAGCGAAGAGGUGAUCGAAGAGAUCUCCAAGGCCAUCCGGGAGACGAGCGGAGUGUCCCUCCUGGGCGUGGACCCUGGGCCUUCGACCAACCGGACGGUGUACACCUUUGUCGGGUCCCCGGACGCCGUCAUACAAGGAGCCCUCAAUGCUGCCAGAGUGGCCCACAACCGCAUUGACAUGACCAAGCACAAAGGGGAGCACGCGCGGCUGGGUGCCCUGGACGUCUGCCCCUUCAUCCCGGUGCAGGGGGUGGAGAUGGAGGAGUGCGUCUACUGCGCUCGCAAGUUUGGGGAGAAGCUCUCGGCGGAGCUCGGCGUUCCAGUCUACCUGUACGGCUUCGCUGCGCAGCAGGAUCACCGCAGGAGCGUGCCCCAGAUCCGCUCCGGGGAGUACGAGGGCCUGGCCGACAAGAUCGGGAAGCCCGAGUGGAAGCCCGACUACGGCCCGGCCGAGUUUGUGCCACGCUGGGGGGCCACCAUGUCCGGAGCGCGCAAGUUCCUCAUCGCCUACAACGUGAACCUGCUGGCCACCAAGGAGCAGGCCCACCGCAUCGCCCUGGACAUUCGGGAGGAGGGCAGGGGAAAGGGACAGCCGGGAACCCUGAAGAGCGUGCAGGCGGUCGGCUGGUGGCUGGAGGAGGAAAACCUUGCCCAGGUUUCUGUGAACGUCCUGGACCACGACAUCACUCCCGUUCACGUGGUCUACGAAGAGAUUGCCCGCAAUGCCAGGGACCUGAAACUGGCCGUGACCGGGUCGCAAAUCGUGGGCCUCGUUCCGCUCGAGGCCAUUCUGGCAGCCGCGGAGUUCUACAUGGAGAAGGAGAGCCUCUUUGUUCUGGAAGAGGACCAGAAAGUCCACUUGGCCAUCAACCGCCUGGGUCUCAACUCCAUUGGCCACUUUGACCCGUCCGAGCGGAUCAUCGAGUACAUGCUGCCGAAUGACCGUGCCGGACCCUUGGCCCAGAAGACGCUGUCCCAGUUCAUUCACGUGGUGGGUGCCAGAACCCCCACUCCUGGGGGUGGAUCCGUGGCCGCAGCCGUCGCUUCCCUGGGAGCUGCCCUGGGCGCCAUGGUGGGCAAGAUGACGUACGGCAAGCGGCAGUGGGAGAAGUACGACGAGCACAUGCGCAGGCUCAUUCCCAUCAUGCACCGGGCCAUGGACGAGCUCAUACCGAUGGUGGACGCCGACACGGGGGCCUUUAACGACUACAUGGCUGCCCACAAGCUGCCCAAGUCCACCCCUGAGGAAGAGGAAGUGCGGGAGGUGGCCAUGCAAGCGGGGCUGAGGAAGGCUAUUGCUGUGCCCCUUGGGGUUGCCCGCUCGGUGACCCAGCUCUGGGACACGGCCAAGGAGCUCGCCUCCAUCAUCAACAUUGGGGCCAGGGCGGACUUACAGGUCGGUGCCCGCUGCCUUGAGACUGGGGUGUUUGGCGCCUACUGGAACGUCAUCCUCAACUGCCAGGGCCUCCAAGACCAAGUUUACAAGAACCAGGUGAUGGAAGAAAUUGAAGCAUGUCGUCAGGCAGCAAUAACUGGCUGCGCCCAAGUACUUGACAUCCUGGAGAAGCGCAUCUCUUGAGCUCACACUCAAAGUACCUCGUGAAUGGAUUGUCUAGAACAGUGGUCCUCAAACUCCAACGCGUCGGGGAAGUCUUGUGUUUCAACGAAAGCGAUGGGGGACUCCCUUUACGGUGAGGUAUUGGGUGAUUACGGUGAUGAGAGGAUAAAUUAACAGGACUACCGUAUUUACUAUAUUAUAGGUCGACCCUUAUGCUAAGAUCCCUUGGGAAGUAAUAAGAAAAUGUUUGAGUGUGAGUCUACCCUUAUUUUUAAAUUGUCCGACCUUCCAGAACGAUGAAACAUGAGCAAGCCAUGGCGCUUGCGCUGCAAGCUUCACUGCUUUGUGUUGACAUCCUUUGGUUACAAUCGUAAGCCGAUCUCCAAUGUCGAGGAACAGUGCCGAACAAAACGUUGACCUGUAUUCAAAUAAAUACGGUAAUUGCUAGAGUGAGCUAGACUUGUUUUAUCGUUUUAUAUGAGGGAAACAUCACAAAAAAGGGUCAGGUGUCAUCUAGUAUGACAAAAAAAAAAGAUUUAUUCCUUAUUUUCAUUGAGGAGCAUGAGAGCCAUUGGACUAGACGAACCACGCACGCAUGUCCGACACUGCAGUAGGUUUGCACCAAGUCUUGUACUUUGGUCAAGGGGCCAACGGACCCAGCCAACUGAUCCAAGGAUGAAUCGAUAAGGUAAUAGUAAGAGGUCGUUCUCCAACAGAAAUCGACGUUACCUGCGAGCAUGAAAUGCACCUCGUUUCAGCCAUUUCCAAGUGGAGAGGUCUCGCUCCUACACUGUGCAACACCGUUAGCAUGAAUGAGCGAGCACCUUUUUUUUCCCCUGUUUUCCUCUUAAAAUACUAUGCCUGGAAUCAAAAUCUACUACCUAGUGUGGCAUCUAGUCCACAUUGAUGGAAGGAACUCUACUGUAAAUUUUAGAGUGCAUCAGUAUUCUGCCCGAGUAAAACUUAAAAAAACAGUGCCGAUGUGUUUGCACUAGCAGUGUCGCACAGUGUACUAAUCUUCCCACUGUUGUUACUCUAUAUCGCCCCGUGAGAAUUGCUCAACUAACAUUGGGCAUGGAAGGGUCUUGUAGUGGAGCCGUGUAGUCAUACUAUCAUAAUGUCAUCCUACAGCGAACUCUGAUGCCCCUUGUCUGUCCAUCAACUAAGUUGUGAGAAAUCGUGUUGUUUGGCACCUGAUACGUCUUUUUGUAAUUUUAUAAUAAAGAUGGUUCUAACUUC